AUGGCCGCCACCAUUUAUUUCGGAAUCACCACAGCCUUCACCACUUACUUCAGCUAUUUUCUCCUCUUCUCCUUUGGCCGGAUUCGCGAUUUUUCCCGCAAGAUUUUUGAAAUUUGGUGCUCUUCCCAGGAUACUCUUCAGGGUUAUGCGCCAAUCUGCUCGGGGUCUGAAGACUUCUACAUCCGUCGAUUGUACACUAGAAUUCAGGACUGCUUUAACAGGCCCAUAUCGAGCGCUCCCAAUGCUUGGGUCGAUGUGGUGGAGCGCAUUUCCAACGACAAUAACAAAACACUGAUACGAACGAAUAGAGUGACAAAAUGCCUCAAUUUGGGAUCAUUUAAUUAUUUAGGAUUUGCAGCAGAGGACGAAUACUGCACACCCCGUGUUUGUAAGGCCCUCGGAAAAUUUUCUCCGACCACGUGCAGUACUCGGGUUGAUGGAGGCACGACAGCAUUGCACGCUGAGGUGGAGGAGUGUGUAGCCAAUUUUACUAGAAAACCGGCAGCCAUAGUAUUUGGGAUGGGUUACGCAACAAAUUCCGCCAUUAUUCCUGUAUUGAUCGGCAAAGUGCGGCCUCAGAAACUGGCAAGGCUUCAGGAAAACAGUAAUUUUUUCCGUUUUGAGCUGCGGAAAAUGGGUUUUGAGGUUCUGGGCGAUAAAGACUCCCCCAUAAUUCCCGUAAUGCUCUAUAAUCCUGGAAAAAUUCCUGCUUUUUCGCGCGAGUGCCUCAAAAGAAAUGUGGCAGUUGUGACAGUUGCUUUCCCGGCAACUCCUUUGUUGUUGGCCCGUGCUCGCAUAUGUAUUUCUGCUUCUCAUACCAGGGAAGACCUCAAUAAAGCUUUGGAGGUAAUCAACGAAGUAGGAGAGACCGUAGGUGUCAAAUACUUGCCUCCUCACCCCAAAACAUAG